AAAAUAGGAUACAACAAAGUUACUUGUCAUUGAAUAUUCAUGUUGCCGCCCGCAUGGAUCAUAUAUUAUUAUAUAUAUCUCAUACAUAAUAUCAUAUCAUAAGAAAAAGAAACACAAAAUGAGUCUGUGGCGGUGCAUCAUGUUGAUAUUAAUCGGAACAAUCAUAUUAGAAUUGAAUCCGGUGGUGGCAGUGAAAGGUGUUCCACUAGGAACAAGUUCACGAUGGAUAGUGAAUCAAGAUGGAGAAAGAGUGAAACUAGCAUGUUUGAAUUGGGUGUCUCAUUUAGAUGCUGUGGUGGCUGAAGGGCUGAGUAAAAAGCCUGUGGAUGUUAUUUCUAAUGGAAUAAAGUCCAUGGGAUUUAACUGUGUUAGGCUCACUUGGCCUAUUCUUCUUCUUACUAAUGAUACUCUUUCUUCUCUUACUGUUAGACAAUCAUUUCAGAACCUUGGUCUUCUUCAAUCUGUAGCUGCUUUUCAAUCCAAUAAUCCUUCUAUCAUUGAUGUUUCCCUUAUUCAAGCUUUUCAGGCAGUAGUGAAAAGUCUUGGUGACAAUGAUGUGAUGGUGAUUUUGGACAACCACAUAACACAGCCAGGAUGGUGCUGCAGUAAUUCUGAUGGCAAUGGGUUUUUUGGUGACCAAUAUUUUGACCCUAAUCUGUGGAUCCAAGGUCUUACCAAAAUGGCUACUCUUUUCAAUGGAGUGUCUAAUGUGGUUGGCAUGAGCUUGAGGAAUGAACUUAGAGGUCCAAAACAGAAUGUCAAUGACUGGUACAGGUAUAUGGUACAAGGAGCAGAAGCAGUUCAUGCAGCAAAUCCAGAUGUUCUUGUAAUUUUAUCUGGAUUAAAUUUUGACAAAGAUCUAUCCUAUAUUGCCAAAAGACCAGUGAACCUAACAUUCAAAGGGAAACUAGUCUUUGAAGCACACUGGUAUGCCUUCACUGAUGGUCAAGCUUGGGCAUCAGGCAACCCAAAUCAAGUAUGUGGGCAAGUGGCUGGAAAUAUGAAGAGAAUGUCUGGUUACUUGGUGGACCAAGGAUGGCCAUUGUUUGUGAGUGAGUUUGGUGUGGAUUUGAGGGGUACUAAUGUCAAUGAUAACCGUUAUCUUAACUGUUUUAUAGCAUAUGCAGCUGAACUUGAUUUGGAUUGGGCAUUGUGGACAUUGGUAGGUAGUUACUACUUUAGACAAGGGGUUAUAGGAAUGGAAGAGUUUUAUGGGAUUUUCAAUUGGGAUUGGACACAAGUUAGAAAUGCUAGCUUCUUGCAAAGGAUUGCUUCCCUGCAACUUCCAUUUCAAGGUCCAGGCAUAACAGUAGGCAAUCCACACAAACUGCUAUUCCAUCCUUCAACGGGCCUUUGUGUAAUAAGGAAGUCACUACUAGAGCCACUAAAAUUGGAUCCAUGCUCUCUUUCUGAUGGUUGGAAUUACACUCCACAGAAAAUUCUAUCAGUAAAAGGUACAUACUUUUGCAUACAAGCAGUGAAAGAAGGGAUGCCUGCAACACUUAGCAUACUAUGCUCAAAUCCUAACUCUAAAUGGGACAUGAUCUCAGACUCCAAGUUGCACCUUUCAUCAAAAAUUAACAGUGGAUCGACAAAUGUUUGUCUAGAUGUGAAUGAUAACAACAUCAUUGUGACCAAUGCUUGUAAAUGUUUGAGCAAUGAUCAUUCAUGUGACCCUGGAAGCCAAUGGUUUAAACUUAUUGAUAGCGGGAGGAGGUCGAUAUCAUCAAUCUCGACAUUAUCCGAACUAAAUUUAUUGGAACUUUUCAUGAAACCAUAUUUAACCUCAAAAUAAGUGUAAAUUCGUUUGACCACAUGUACUUAUUAAAAGUAUCCUUAGCAAUUAAUUCAAUAGCAAGAAAGUGAUGUAGUCAAUACAUCCUUGUGAACAUUAGAUUAAUUGCAUUUAGUAUUAUGGUGAAAAAUGUAAAUGAAAAAUUACAAUCCACUCCUACUACUACAUUAUGGCAUCUUGGAUUAAAAAGUUA